AGGCUAGCAUCGCUUUCGCGAUGCACUGCAGAACUAUUGCUCGACUUGUGGGCUGCAUGCGAAGGAGGCGCAUCAAGAUACACACUUUCUUGCUUACUGCAGAGAAUCACACCAAAUUGGAAGAAGGCGGUCCGCGCCGCCGUGCGAGGUAAUCAUCUGGACUUACUUCAUUGGAUGGAGAAGCUACAAGUAGCUCGCGGUCCAUGGAAAAAGGAUUUUGACGGUGCGUUAGAAGCCGCUGCUAUCAAAGGGCAUCUUGAUAUCGUCAAGUGGUUGUAUGAGCGAGGAAUAGAACUGAACACGUUGUGGGAGAUGGUGGAAUCGAUCUCGUACAUCGAGAGAAGCCUGUUAUUCCGUGAUGGUGUUAUGGAUGACGCUGCCCGGAGUGCCUGUUUAGACGUUAUCAAAUGGUUACACAAGUAUCGGGGUGAAAGGUGCACGGACAUGAGACCAGCAAGUUAUGGAAAUUUGGAAGUCGUUAAGUGGUUCCAUGUACACUACCCGAACCUGUUCACACCAAACGUGAUGGAGGCCGCUGCAGAAAGUGGUCAACUUCAUAUAGUUCGAUGGCUCCAUGAAAACCGAGGGGAAGGCUGCACAACGCUCACGAUGGACGUUGCUGCUAGAAAUGGUCAUUUGGACGUUGUGUUAUACCUACUGGAGCACAAAGGCGAAGACUUUCCGAGCUAUGCCACGACAAGUGUGCAAAAUAUUGAAGUGCAGUGCUUGUUCGCUACGAGUGACACAUUGCUACAGAAACAUCAACGAAGCCAUGUGAGUGAUGAUCAAUUGAUCACAUUGCAGUCGGCUUACGAAAGGCGACCUGCUUUCGUUAAAGGCUGUUUGAGUAGGCUUGCGGAAUUUGCAGUACGCGUAGGCAAUAUCGAGCUCUUGGACUGGCUGAACCAGCUUGGACUGGAGCUCCACACAACAGUCCCUAUUCGUAACGCUGUUAGUCAAGGUAAUGUGAAGUUGCUGGAGUGGUUUCACUGGAACCAAUUCGAGCUGAACGACCCCGAUCUGCUCCAGUUGGCGGUCCAAGAAAAGCAGCUCGAUGCGGCUCGUUGGCUUUCGAAGCACGGAUUCAAGAUCACUUCGCUAAGUUUGCUAGAAGAAGCUGGAAGAAAACGAGCGGUGCCGAUGAUGCGUUGGCUCGUAGAACAUGGUCCACCUCUCAAUUUCGAAACAGCGAUGAAGUUGACAAUGGAAUAUCGUCAGGUAGAGAUAGCCUUGUGGGUGUCGGAAACUGACCGGGUGCAGAUUGUGAUCGAGGCUCUGCAAGACAAAUCUAUACAAAACGAGGUUGCGUGGAUCCUUACGCGUACACGGUUUGAGGAUCCCAGUUCGAAGCGAAGAAUUUGCGACGCUAUCCAACAUGCCCCUGAAAGUACUGCGCUGUGGUUUGAGGACCAUCUUUCCGAUUUUGAGGAAUGCAAAUGGAUUUUCCCUUCAAGAAAGAGGCGCCACAGCGAAAUGGAGUCGAUGCCAUAGAAAUGAAGCACGACCACAAAGUUUGAGUGAAGAACGCUCCUAUUGACGACAACUAA